CGGUGUAAAGAAGGCGGAGCUCUAUAAGACCUCAUACUACUGUCUUUAUCGGCAGACGCCUGUAGAUGCCAAUAAAUACUCAAUGCUUCACUUUUGAGCGGUAUUUUUGGAUUUGCCAGCAGAAAUGAAUUGCUUCCAUAUAGACGAUUUUAUAGCUGGAUGGAUAGGCGGGGCAUCCAGUGUUGUUGUGGGGCAUCCUCUAGACACAGUUAAGACUCGUUUACAAGCUGGAAAAGGAUACAAAAACACCCUUCACUGUGUCCUCAUGAUAUACCAGAAAGAGAGUGUUUCUGGGUUUUUCAAAGGCCUUUCCUUCCCUUUGGCCAGCAUUACUCUUUAUAACUCGGUGGUGUUUGGCUUCUUCAGCAACACACAGAGGAUCAUUAACAAGCUUCGCUAUGGUGAUGGCCGACACCCCUCUGGCAUGCUGGACCUCACUCUAGCCAGCAUGAUGACAGGGUUUGUUUCGGUAGGCCUGGGUGCCCCAGUUGACUUAGUGAAAAUCCGGCUGCAGAUGCAGACUCAGACGCUUCUUGCAGAGAACCUGCACCUCGCUGGGAAUCUUCCACUUCGUUCGGUGGGGAUCCAGGGACAGACUGUCUAUAGGGGACCGAUUCACUGCAUUGGCAACAUCCUGCAGAGUGAGGGCCUUCCAGGACUGUACCGAGGGGCAGGGGCUAUGAUGCUGCGGGACGUCCCGGGGUACACCCUUUACUUUAUCCCUUACACCCUGCUCUGUGAUUGGCUGAACCCGGACAGGAACUCCUCCCCUCAUCCCUGUUCUAUAUGGCUGGCUGGCGGAUUGGCAGGGUCCAUCUCCUGGGUCACAGCAACCCCAGCUGACGUGGUGAAGAGCCGCCUACAGGCUGACGCCCUCCACCAGAGAAAGUACAAGGGGAUCCUCCACUGCAUAGUGAAGAGUUAUAAGACAGAGGGUAUACAUGUCUUCUUUCGUGGGGCAACAGUUAACGCCGUCCGUGGAUUUCCCAUGAGUGCUACCAUGUUCUUGGGUUAUGAACUCUCCCUGAAGUUUUUCAGGAGCCUGUAGCUGGACAUUCACUUUCCACUCUCACUCUAGACUCUGAGGAUUUACCUGGAAGACUUUAUUUUCACCUACAAUUCCACAGUGAAGGGCAGGAUAAUCUGCGGGCUUUUGGAGUCAUAAUUACUGCACAAUGACGUCACUGGCAGGGUUUUUAGAAAUAUUUACACAUUUCUUAUAUUAAGAAAUAGAAAUAAAACAAGUUAAAAUACAUGUUUACACCUGACAUUGACUAAAAUUUACGAC